AUGGCGUGGAGCAACUUCAAAGUCCUCAUAAUAGGCGGUGGACCGGUCGGAUUGUUCGCUGCCCACGCUUUGCGUUCAGUUGGAUUUGAUUUUCUACUUCUCGAGCAAAGGGAAGACAUCAUAAUCGAUGUUGGUGCCUGCUUGGCCCUCACACCCGCUACGCUGCGAGUGUUUCAACAACUAGGUCUGCUCAACCAGUUGCUAGCUAUAGGCUGUGAGCUAGAAAAGAGGCAAACGUUUACCUUGGAUGGUCACCUGUUUGACAGUACUUUGUUUCAAUGCAUGAAAAAGAAUCAUGGCAGCUCUAUACACGUCUUCCACCGUGCUGAGCUCAUAAAACUUCUCUACGACUCUCUCGGGGACGACAGACGCAAGAUUAUGACUGGAAAGAAAGUGACAGACAUUAUAACCCGCGACGACGGCGUGAAAGCCAUAUGCGAUGACGGAAGUACCUAUCAGGGAUCGAUCAUACUGGGUGCGGAUGGUGCUCACAGUAAGACGCGUCGGCUGAUGCGAGAGUUGGCUUUAAAAUCCAACCCUACUAUGGAAUGGGACCUCGAACGACCAUACACGUCGACCUAUAAAUGCAUGUUUUUCAGCAGCCCGGAAGCCUCGGCACCAGGCCUUUUCGUCGACACGGAGAGCAAGAACCGCUCCAUAAUUUACGCGACCAGUAAGCAUCGUACAUGGGUAUUUUUGAGCGAGAAGUUGCAGCAGCCAACAGCGGAACGUGCAAGCUAUACCGUAGAAGAUGCCGACACCUUCGCAAAGAGUUUCGAGGACUAUCCUGUCACCAAGUCUCUCAAGAUUAGAGAUAUACUCUCUCAGAAAGCGUCCUCUGGUAUGGUCAACUUAGACGAAGGGCUCGUCAAGCAUUGGAGUUGGGGCCGCAUCGUUUUGGCAGGUGAUUCCUGUCACAAAUUCACUCCGCAUGCUGGCUUGGGAUUCAAUAAUGGUGUACAGGAUAUUGUUGUGUUAUUGAAUGAGUUACGUGCCGUGAGUUCGGCCCCGGGACAUGUUCCCAACUCGGCUGAGCUCACAAAUGCUUUUCAAUCUUACCAAACAAGUCGGUAUGAACCUCUCAAGGCUGAUUCCUUUGUGUCAGGCCUUAUAACUCGUCUACAAGCCUGGGAUAACACGUUCUAUUAUAUACUGGCGCGAUACAUUGCACCCCUGCGGAUAUGGGAAUAUUUACUUUGGAAUUAUGCCGCUCCGCAAGGCAUGAAAAUAACUCCCGUUCUUGACGGCAUUUGCUGUGGAGCCUUUCCUCGGGGCAAUUGA